UGCUGCAUGGGCAAAUUUCCCACCGUCCGGCCGGAGCUUGUCUGUACGGGAUACAUCGUGCCUACAGUACCUCAUGUACUGUGACCCUCAACGUUACUGUCCUAUAGUGAAGUGAACCAUCUGUGUGGGUUUCCCUCCGUCCGACGAGCCACUCGAUCCUCACGUCGCCGUUGCUAAGGGCAAAGAGGGGGGAACAAGUCCCCGAACCAGCCCGAAGUGCGCGAAUAACCUCUUUUCAAGCAGUUGGUUAACGUGACCUCGAAAAGCAACGGACAAGCCCUGAGACCAACCUAUGUUAUGCUGGUCUUUGCUACGGACUGCCCCCUUUCGCCUGUCAAGAGACUGGGAAUCAGAACUGAGGAGAGUAACCCUGGAGAUGCAUCUCUCACUUCGGAUGAAUAGAAACCCACCGAAUAAAAAAGGGUACAUAUCAUCCAGCCGAUCCAGUACAGGACCAACUGCAGUGUUUCAAGGUUGCAACGACGAGUGGAAUCCGCAUUGUGAUCCUCAUCACAUUGUACUUAUUGCUACGCUGCAGCGUGAUCUAUCAUGUUACAACCCCUUUGAAGCCUUCCAAGCGGUACGAAGUAGGUCCCAUUCCCUCACGUACCUGGCUUCGUUGCAACUCAGGAGUUAUCCACAUCAUGGGUACCCAGCAACCCAUCAACUCAACAGAAUAGCGCCAGGACAGGCAGGCGCGAUGCAAUGGAGCACACCCUGCGAUCUCGGGGAAGCUGCCAUGGACCCGCUCCAUUCGGAAGACUCCACCGUCAGAGAGUUCCGUCCAACCCCAUAACAGCACCUUCUGGCAAAAAAGGGAUUAUGGCGGGGACCAUGGCGCCAGUGGGGAGGGGAUAGAGGUUGAAUCAAGCUCCAGCCCCCGGGUAGAAAUUCGAUAAAUUAGCUGGCAUCCUCAAUCUGUGGAUGCAUAUGGUGGCUAAUGUCGUUGAUGCCGGUCGCAAAC